GACCAAUAGUCACACAUAGUGAAAUUUAGGGUUUGUCUUGGUGCAAAAAUGGGAGAGUUGGGAGUUUUAGCCAUAGUGGCCAUCCUUUGUUCUAGAGGUCACUCUGUGCCUACCAACAGCAAGACCCCUCUGUCAAUUACAUUUCCAGGGGAAAUUCAGAGCAGCAUGACUAAUGCAGAACUGGCUGAGAGGUACCUUCUACAGUUUGGGUAUAUGACCCAAGAGCAAGGCUCAAAUGUCACUUUAAAAAAUGCGCUCACCCUUAUGCAACAAAAGCUGGGACUUACAAGGACUGGAGUCCUAGAUACCGAAACACUGGAGGCCAUGAGAAGACCUCGCUGUGGGUUUCCAGAUAUUGGGAAAUUCAACACAUUUGACGGAGAUUUAAAGUGGGAUCACAAUGAUAUCACAUACCGUAUCCUGAGCUACUCCCCUGACCUGGACCCCGAAGUGAUUGAUGAUGCUUUUGCCCGCGCAUUUAAAGUCUGGAGCGAUGUCACACCUCUGACCUUCACCCGUAUAUACAGCGGGGAACCUGAUAUCAACAUUCUGUUUGGACCUGAGGACCAUGGGGAUCCUUACCCCUUCGAUGGAAAGGAUGGCCUCUUGGCCCAUGCUUAUCCUCCUGGCCCUGGGGUUCAGGGUGAUGCUCAUUUUGAUGAAGAUGAAUUUUGGACACUUGGUACCGGAACUGUGGUAAAGACUCGCUUUGGGAAUGCUGAAGGGGCCCUGUGUCACUUCCCCUUCAUAUUUGAUGGGCAGUCAUACUCUUCCUGUACAACCAGUGGAAGAUCAGAUGGGCUGCCUUGGUGCAGCACUACCCCCAGUUAUGAUCAGGAUAAAAAAUAUGGCUUCUGUCCCAGUGAGUUGCUCUACACCUAUGGAGGAAACAGUGAAGGCCAGCCCUGUGUUUUCCCUUUUAUCUUUGAUGGUGUGUCAUAUAAUGGUUGUACCAAGGAAGGCCGCCAAGAUGGGUAUCGCUGGUGCAGCACAACUGCCGAUUAUGACCAAGACCAGAAAUAUGGAUUUUGCCCUAACCGAGAUACAGCUGUGAUUGGUGGAAACUCCCAGGGAGAACCUUGUGUCUUUCCAUUCACAUUUCAGGGGAAGAGAUUCAAUUCCUGCACUACAGAUGGACGGGAUGACAGAAAGUUGUGGUGUGCCACUACGUCCAGCUAUGACCAAGACCGCAAGUGGGGCUUCUGCCCUGAUCAAGGGUACAGUCUUUUUCUGGUGGCAGCCCAUGAGUUUGGCCAUGCCCUUGGUCUGGAGCAUAGUGAAGUUCAAGAUGCUCUCAUGUACCCCAUGUACAGCUACGUUAAAGAUUUCCAACUUCAUGAAGAUGAUGUGCGUGGGAUCCAAUAUCUUUAUGGUACAGGUUCUCGUCCAAAUCCUAAUCCACCAAAGUCUACUAAGAAGCCAUUAGCUACCAAAAGUCCCAGGAGGACUACCACCCGACCUGUUCGUCCAGUGGACCCUGCACAAGAUGCCUGUAAGGUGGAGAAGUUUGAUGCCAUUGCAGACCUACAGGGAGCUCUUCACUUCUUCAAGGAUGGGUUGUACUGGACUCUGACUCCCAGAAGUAAGAAUGCUCCUCAGAACCCUCAGCGCAUCUCAGAUACAUGGCCUGGCCUUCCAAGCAGAAUUGACACUGCAUUCCAGGACCCCACCAGCAAAAGCAUUUUUUUCUUCUCAGGGCUCAAGUUCUGGCAGUACACAGCUACAAGUGCUUUAGGCCCACGCAGCAUUGAGAAGUUGGGUCUGAACAAAGAUGUGGAAAGCAUCAUGGGAUCUUUUGCUCGUGAUAAUGGAAAGGCUCUCUUAUUCAAUGGGGAACGAUACUGGAGGCUUAACCUAAAGACAUUGACAAUUGAUAAUGGGUACCCACGGCAAACAGCUGCAGACUAUCCCGGUGUUCCUGGUGACUCCCAUGAUGUUUUUCUCUAUCAAGGGAACUACUACUUCUGCCAGGAUCAAUACUUCUGGCGGGUGACAUCACGCAAGCAACAAGACAUGGUUGGAUAUGUCAGCUAUGACCUCCUUCAUUGUCCACAGAAUUAAAUGGGGGGGGGGCUGGGUUGAAAUGGUACACACUGAAAAUACUUAUAUAUAUUGAAAAUCUCUUCCUCUUGGCCUUAAGACUGCCCCCCAUUUAUUGCUUUGAGGCUUCCCAAGAGCACACUUCAGGCUGGGAUCCCCCCCAUACAGUGGCAUGGAAAUGGAAGCAAUGUACAGGUGUUGUGCUUAUAAAGACUGCAACUAUUGUUUUACUAACUGUAUUUUGUAGGAAUAAGGAACAGGUGAAUGUCUGUAUGUGAUAUUAGAGUCUACUGUCUGUAUUUUUAUACAAAGUACUUUACCCAACAGCAGCUCUUUUCUUUUUUUCAAACAAUUUUAAUUAUUGUGGUGCAUCUAGAAGUGGACAAGAGAGCAUGAUUAUUACACACAGGGAUGGCCGCCAUUCUUAUGAGAACAUCUGGGCUAAAUGGCUCCAGUUUCCUAUAGCAACCAGUGGGAAACUGACUGAUACAGAACAAAUUAGAAAAUAAAAAAGCAAAGACCUGAUUAUUUUAUAUGGGCAACUGCAGUGUGGAAUUUAGCAUCUACACUUUUCUAGGGUUGAAUGGGUGUCUUAUGAUUUGCCCAUCACGUGUAUUCUGAAGUGAGCAAUGCAAAUAUUAAUCUAUAAUAUAAAUAAACAUUCUCUUUGGCCUA